CCACAACUCACCACCACAACUCACCACUAUCACCACUGCCAUACCACCACACCACCUACCACUAGACAACUUACCAACUAACUCCAUCCAUCAUCACCUUCUCUUUCUAAAUCAUCGACCUAUCUACAACAACAACAGCCAUGUUGCUUCGCUACCUGUCCGUGACAGGCGCUCUCUGCCUAAGCAGCUGUGCUGCCGCUGCUGCCGUCCCUUACUCCUACAUCAGUUCUCCCCGCUCGGCCAGCGCCCAUCAGAUAAACUUGCCUGCCGUUCCAUGUGCUUUCUCCGACUCCAGCUGCAACGAAGCUCUCGACCCCUUUGCACACCUUACCAUUGAUUUCUCCACGCAAAAUGGCGUCUUGCUGGCCAACAAACAACCCAUCUUCCCCGCAUCCGUGCCGAUGCAGUUCUCCGUGGACCGCAAAUGGGACGGCAACAAGCAAUCCGUCUCCGUCGCCUACGCUCUGGAUGUCCGACCGCUCCCAUCUCACCCUGGUGCUCCCGUGGGCGAUAUCUACCACCUGAAGCUCCGCCUCUUCGACCUGCACGGCCGUCCCGUCACCGACCACGCUGUGGCAAUCGGCCUCGUCCGUGACACCGCCGACAAUCUCCAGAUCACGGUCAUCGACCCGAACUCCAGCCGCGAGCACGGCCACGGCAACAAGAUCUGGCGCAUGAAGGAAUGGAAGUCUAAGGUCGAGUCCUACGUCAGCAACGCCAAAGAAGCGGUAACUGACUGCCUGAAGACGACCCCCUUCUCCCACGGCCAGCACGAGCACGAGCACGACCAGAUCCACGACUCCCCGGUCCCUGCCGCGGCUGAGUCCUCGCACGAGAAGUCUGCCUCGACCAAGUACCCUCCCGUCUUCCGCACGAGCCACAACGGACAGUUCUUCUGGAGCGGCCGGGAGCGGGGCGUCAUGCGACAGAUCCGCGCUAUCAUCUUCCCUGCUCUGCUGGGCGUCGUGGCCGGAGGCGUCGCCUGUGUCAUUGGAUUUCUUCUUGGUCGGAUGAUCAUCUCCGUCUACUUCUGGGCACAGGACAGCCAUCGGCCCCAGAUUCCCGUCAUCACUGUUGAAGACGAGGAGCCGCUGUCGGAGAAGGAGGUGCUGAUGGAGAGGUACAGCGAUUCCGACCCUGAAGCCAAUCUUCCCCGUGAUUAAUCCACAUUUCCUUCCUUCCUCACAUUCCAUUCCCUUCUAUUCCCUUACUGUCCUGUUUAUGAAGAUAUCCAAUGUAGCAUGUUUACUGUUAACUAGCAUACGCACAUGAAUGAAAGCGAACAUUUUCCCUCGUGCUGGAUAUGUAUCCC